AGCGAAAGCAGCAUCAUCAUCAGCAGCAGCAACAACAACGGUCACUCGCAGAUAGGUGUUUUUCGGCUAGUUGGGAGCACGUAAACGGGUACCCUGGCCGGUGCAGACUCUGUCGCCGACAUGUCGUAUGUCUUCAUGAGCGACUGGACGCAGACGCAGGCGCCCCUGCUGCAGACCUGCAUAGACGGAGACGCGGUGUACUGCCGGCGCCUGCUGGAGGCGGGCUGCGACCCCAACAUGCGCGACGGCCGGGGGCGCACCGGCAUGCACCUCGCUGCAGCCCGCGGCAGCGUGGCAAUCUGCCGCCUGCUGCAGAAGUUUGGCGCAGACCUGCUGGCCACGGACCACCAGGGCAACACUGCGCUGCACCUGUGCGGGCAUGUGGACACCAUCCACUUCCUGGUGUCCAAUGGCCUAAAGAUCGACAUCUGUAACCACAACGGGACGACCCCCCUGGUUCUAGCGAAGAGGCGUGGCGUGAACAAGGAUGUUCUUCGCCUGCUGGAGGGCCUGGAGGAGCAGGAGGUGAAGGGCUUCAACCGAGGAACGCACUCCAAGCUGGAGACACUGCAGAUGGCUGAGAGUGAGAGUGCCAUGGAGAGCCGCUCGCUGCUGAGCUCCAGCCUGCAGAGCCAGGAGGGGGCGCUGUCCAGCUUCCGCAGCACGUGGCAGGAUUUCGUCGAGGAUCUCGGCUUCUGGAGGGUUCUGCUGCUGCUGCUGGUCAUUGCCCUGCUGUCACUGGGCAUAGCCUACUAUGUCAGCGGUGUGAUGCCUUUCACAGCCAACCAGCUGGAGCUGGUACACUGACACUCUGGCAGCUGCUUGGCUGUUUUCCUUCCUGUUGGGGGGGUUGGGGGGGUGUUUUGAUCAAUCAUGAGUUCCCUACACCCCACUGAUGUAUAAUUAGCUGGACCGGCACACACCGGCUCAGCUACCACCAUGGGAAGAUGGCAUCUUGGGCCCAAAAAGCAGUCUGUUAGAAGCUAUCACAAAAUUUUCUCAUUGUCAUUCAAAGAUACAGGGCACAUGCACAUAUUCUUUAGGUUUGAUAUUUUUUGGUCGACUCGGUGUGACUCUUACAGGGUGUGUAAGAGUCUAGUAGAUUGCAUCGAGUGAAUUUUGGGAGGUGGGACGCAAAAAGGUUCUGCUCUCCUGGACUGAAUACCCUUUUGAGCAACAGACUGACCUUAUUGUAUCAUAAAAAUUCAGUUUUAUUCAUUUAAUGCAUUGUAAUAUUUAGCACAUGUCCUGGUGAGGUAAUUAAGAUGGUUACCUGCAAUACCCACUGCUUCACCCUCCAGUCUAUCAGAAACAUGUUUCAUAAGCAGGAUGUCAGUAAGCGUGUAACAGGUCAUAUAGCAGGAUGCAUAUGACACUGGGCUUUCCCCUCAGCCCACUGUGAGUGUGGAACAGAAGUUGUCAGCAUAUUAAUAUUUUACUCAUUCUAUAUUAGCAGAAUUGGUUAGUGUUGAUGUGUGUAGAAUGUAUACAUUCAACCAUCCCUAGUUACUUUUUGAAGUUUAUUUCCCCUUGACAUCCAGAAAAGAAAAGCAAAUGUGUUUCUAUUUUGUGGUGGCAUUAAUAUAUAAUUCAAUAAUACUGCAGUUUAACUGCAUACCUUCAGUGUGGAAAACACAGUCAACCCAGACUGUGUGAGAUAUAUGCUGCUUGUUAGCAUGUGUGCUGUGGGUGACUUUGCUCAGUCGUUCAUGUAAUUUUCUCUACCAGUCACCGUGACUUUACUCUUUAAAUGUAUCUCUGAGACCACUGAUGAUACUGCUUUGCUCCAGAUGUGAAAUUCAGUUAAAUACAGCUGGAAAUCAGUUACUCAUUUUAAAUGCUCUGCUAUUUUCAUAAUGCAGUAGGAUCCUAAUUAAUCCUAAUUAAAAUGCUUAUUUCUCCGUUCACACCGUUCCAUUAUAUCACUG